AUGUUUGGAAUGCAAAUCAAUAUGGUCCCAAAGACCGUCAUAGUCCUCCCCGAGAAGGAGGCCUCAUCGGCCAGCUCGGUCAAGAGUGGCAAGAGUGGUAAAAGCGGAAAGAGCAUCGAGGGUCAUGCCGACAAUCAGAGCACUCACAACAGCACAACAGCAUCCAGCAAGUUUGGCGGUCUCUUCAAAAGCAACAGCAUCAGGAGUGCAAGCAUAUCUUCCGGAGUCUCGGGUACACCUUCAUCACACCAGCGCGGGAUGGGAGCGGUCACCGAGGAGGAUUCGAGGCAGCCCUACCAGCCCGAGCCGCUCGAUCUGGAGUCAUAUCGCCAAUGUUUGCACUGGUUGCAGCAGACAUGCCGGCCGGUGUUUAUGAAGGAGCUGACACAGGUGAACGAUGUGCCUGUGCCUAUUACAGAGGAGAAUGCGAAGCACCCGGAUCUGAUUGGCGAGUCGAUGCAGGUUCAGGUCGGCAGCUGGAAGCAGUCCCAGGUGCAGCUGGUGCCUAUCGAUCGCUGGGGCGAUCCCCAGGAUGUGCUCCAUGAGAUUCAAUCGCUGCACAAGCUUCGCAAGUGCCGACAAAUCAUCCAACUCUAUGGCUACCUCCCCAACACUUCUCCUACAGCAAUUCAUAUCCCAGCCCUGCUCCUUCAACAGCCCAGCUACGGCUCCCUGCGCCAAUUCAUUGAUCACCACUUUGAUUCCAUUCAAUGGCCCGAACGCUUCAAGCUCGCUCUCGACAUGGCCCAAGGUCUCCGCUUCCUCGUCUCCCAGGGCGUCCCCUGCACACUCCACUCUGGCAACAUUUUGAUCGACAGCGAAGGAGUCGCCAUUCUCACCGGCUUUGGUAGUCAGAGUGGCCAAAUCACCUCUGCUCCUCGCCAGAUGACUUCCCAACCUUCAUCAUCCUCAUUACUCGUCUACAUGGCACCCGAGCGUCUUCAGAGUCGAGGAUCAUAUUCUCCUGACUGGGGCGUCUACUCACUUGGCAUUUUGCUUUGGGAGUUAUCGUCGGGACGCAUUCCCUUUGACGAGAUCAUCACCCGCGCCGAGGCCGGUCCUCGUCUCGCCAAGAAUAUGGAACAACUUUCUUCGGCAAUCGCCAAGGGUCUUCGCGAGGAGACCAUCCCCGGCACACCCGAGAUUUACGAGCAGCUGUUCAAGAUGUGCUGGGAGAGUGAAGCUUCAUCACGCCCACCACUCGAGGUCGUGGAAGAAACUCUUCAGAUGUUGGUUGUGGUCGAGCCUAUGGAUAUGUUGAUGUUGCCAGGUGAGGAGAUGGGUAUGUCCAUCUCACCCAUCGUCUCGGAGAGCAUCGACGGCGACGCCCUUAGCAUCCAUACUCGGUCGAUGAGCAUUCGCUCAGUCUCUCCUGGCCCAAGUCAUAUCAAGUCAAACUUUGCGCGCCCCACGACGCUGCACGAGGCCGUGAGUGUCUCGAACCCAGAUAUGACCGAGUGGUACAUUCUUUCGGGCCACGACAUCAAUGGGUACGCGAUUGUCCCUACGUUCUCGGCCGAGUGCGAGAUUACGCCGAUCCAGACCUGUCUCGGCCACUUCUUGCCCACCUCCCUCCCUAUCCUCAAGGAACUCCUGGACCACGACUCUGACCUGACUCUCUUGGCCAAGCGAUCGUACCAGAACUGUCUCCACAUCCUUCUGGACCGUUACCUGCCCAUCAAGAACGAAAACGGAUCCGCCCACCUGUUCACUGCCAUCGAUAUGCUCCUGGCCGCAGGUGUCGAGGUCAACGCCAAGGAUGUGCAGGGCUACACCCCCUUGCAUUCGCUGAUGAAGAACCCCAAGAUCUCGUCCGAGGAUGUUAAUGAGGUCCUGCUCAAGCUGCUAGCCAAGGGGGCAGACACGGCGGUCGAGGCACCCCGCGACGGCAAUGUAUUGUCACUGGCUGCCAAGUACUUGCACUUUGAGGCGACGCGCACGAUCCUCAGUCGCGAUCUUCUUGCCUCGGAGCCCGAUUCAAUCGAGAGGGCGAUUGAGUCGUGUAUGACGAUGACGGGCCGUGCGACGGACAAGUUUGUCAACCUAAGGACUAAGACCCGCGAGCUCCUCAAGCUGUGGACUGGUACUGCUGGAUUGCCAAGAAGGGAAAAGACUGUGCUCCGAAUCCUGGCUGAUGCCGGACAGGUCGAUUCCUCUGGUGCCCGUAUGAAGUGCAAGGUUGUUCAUCUUGCACCAGAAGCGCAACUGGAGGCUGCCAAUGCCUACUACGAGACACAUAUUAAACGUAGACGCGAGGCCCUCCUGACCAGUUUCUCCUUCCAAGGCAUCGCUCGCUAA